UGGAGGAGAAGUUGAUACUUGCUGUGACGGAUUUCCCAGAGCUGUACAAUAUUUCUACCAAACAGCCCAUUCUCCAGGUUUUUUUUUAAUUUAGUAAAAUCAGAAGUAAGAUUUCACAUAACUCUAACAGCACCUUGUGAAACAUCAUAUCUACCGCUUUUUUUUUAAACUCUGAACCGCUUAAAUAACUUUAAUUCCCUCCAACCUGACACAGCCAAUCAAAACAAUGGAAGAUUCGAUUUCGCCAUGGAACAGAACGCGUCGACGGCUUUGCCGCUGGCCGCUGCCACUGGUCGCCACCCGUGUGUCAGGUAAUAAAAGCGACAGCGACGAAUUUCGGUGAUCACUGUCGUUUGUUGCCUCCCGUGUAUCGAGCCCAUUAUUGAGUGAAGGUCUGUGGAAAUGCCUGUAGGAGUCAUUAGGAAACAUUGUCAGGAUUGUAGGUAAUGUUGGGCUCAGGGACCACACUAAUACACUCUAUUAAACUUUUAAAAAUCACUACUAAUCUUAUAUAGAGCAAGGAAGAGAAUUAUUCAGAGGCUCUUUAGUAACAGAGUCAGUGGGUAUGAUCUGAGGAGAUCACUUAAUUUCAAGGUUCAGUGUUCUCACACCAUCCUCAAGAACCGGUGUGUGUGGAAGAGGUGAGAAACUGUGGAAUGGUUUGGAUGACCACUUAAAGGGUGUGGCUAGUGUACAGUACACCACUUAGCAAAGAUCAUUGUUGUCAUGUUAAUGUACAGAAAAUGUGAUAAGUACACUUCAUGGUUUCAUUGUGUUUGUUUCAAUACAAAGGGCAAAUAAACUUUGGUAUAGUGAGGUAAAUAUCUAAAUAAUCAUUAAAACAAGUAAUGAAUAAAUGAAGGUAUAUUAAGUGCUACCAAUACGCCUACAAAUUUAUAAACUGUAGUAAUAUUGGAUACGGGUUGAGGGGUGGGUGAACAUAAGCAUCUCUGCUUCAGCCUAUUCCCUUUGAGCUCUGUUUUAAACUUUGUAAGAUUAUGAGAAUGUAACUGCUCAAAUAAAAAAACACCGACUAGAGGACCCAAUUAUCCAUCAGCAGCUGCAUGAACAUGUUCUCAUGCAGGUUUUAUGGAACAUGCAGGACCAUUUAUUGAUGAUAAACUUGCUGUAAAACAUGACGCUCAUCUCUGAUAACCUUCAGCACCAAAAUGUCUGCCAGAAGUGGGAAGAAGAAGGUCACCAAGUUGUCCCGAUCAUCAAGGGCGGGUGUCAUCUUCCCCGUGGGGAGGAUGAUGAGGUACCUGCGCACCGGGACGCACAAAUACCGCAUUGGCAUGGGCGCACCUGUCUACAUGGCAGCUGUCAUCGAGUACCUGGCAGGUAGGAGAGCGGCACACAGAGACAGUUCUAUGGAUGUCAGCUUUGGCAGCCGGGAACUCAGUAACGGGUGUGUGUUCACAUGCAAAAAUACUAAAAUGAACCAAGUUAGAAAUUAUGGCAGCUAAUAGUAGCUUUUAGUUUCACUCGUGUUAUAUUUUUAUAGUUUUAUUCUUGAAAUAAGUUGUUGAUUUGCGUGGAGCUGGUAGUGAGAGUGGAAGACGUGUGUGUGUGUGUGUGUGUGUGUGUGUGUGUGUGUGUGUGUGUGUGUGUGUGUGUGUGUGUGUGUGUGUGUGUGUGUGUGUGUGUGUGUG